AUGUUCCACACCUUUGAAGGCUUCGACAACCCCGACGGCUCUGCCAUACCCACGGUUCGUAUUGCGGAGCGACGAGAAUCGUUUGGCAGAAGGGUGACUACUUUGCGAGCUUGCACGUCCUGCCGGCACCGUAAAAUCAAAUGUGAUGGCGAGAAGCCGUGUGAAGCGUGCCGGUGGUAUAAAAAGGCCGAUGCAUGCCAUUAUUCGGACCCACGGCCGUCGCGAAGGCAUGUUGAAAAGCUGUCGACCACUUUGGACGAAUAUCGUGCGGUGCUUUCGAGGCUGUUUCCAGACACCUCGCCAGAGUCUUUGGUGCACCUUUCUCGUGAGAACUUGCUCGAGCUGAUUGAAGAUGAAUCGACUCAGCGAAGAGUUAAAGUGCCGUCCCGGAACAUUCAGGCCCAGCAUGUGGUGUCUCCAGGCACCUCCCCGACCGACGCUCAGGUCUCUCCAUUGACAUACGAGAAUGAAGAUGGCACCCUAGAAUCACUGCAGACUAUGCCAGAGGAAUCCCUUGAUAACCGAGAAUCAAACGGUGCAUAUCUAAUGAACUCAGUCUCAGACGACGUUAACGCACUCUCCCUCUCAACAAAGCAGCCAUCUUCGUACCUUGGCAUAUCGUCGAUCCAUGCGGUACUUAAGGUCAUCGCCUGGCUGGAUCCAGGCUCUCUCUAUUACUUUUCACAGACGCCUGUUGGCCUUCUAGAUGCUAGCCAUGAAUUUGACUGCUCUUUCCCGAGUACAUCAUCCUGGCAGCGAGGAAGUCCGCAUCGGCAGCCCAUCACACCACCGCAAAGCCAAAUGCCACUUACCGAAUUGCAGAUGAUCAACUCUUAUUUUACCUAUUUUCAGCCUUUCACCCCCAUACUGGACGAAUAUGUAUUUCGCGAGACCUAUCUCUCUGGCCACCGAAAGGACAACCGUUGGCUCGGAUUGCUGAACAUCGUGUUGGCCCUGGGCAGCAUCGGGGCCACAACGUCCGAUGAUACGACCCACCAUACGUAUUUUUUACGUUCCAAGAGCUAUCUUGGCCUCGAAUCGCUGGGUAGCUCGAAUCUGGAGACUAUCCAGACCCUCGGACUUAUGGGUGGUCAUUACCUACACUACGUCAGCCAGCCGAAUCUCGCGUAUGCGCUUAUGGGAGCGGCUCUUCGGAUGGCUGCUGCACUGGGCUUGCACAAAGAAUUCGCCGACGCACAGGACGCAAAGGAAAGGCAAAGAUCAUCCUCGAUGGAUUUGAAGCGGCGAGUGUGGUGGUCACUGUUCUGCCUGGACACCUGGGGUUCCGGAACACUGGGCCGGCCCAGCAUGGGCCGGUCUGGCCCAACCAUCACUGUGAAGGGACCACAGUAUCGCGAAAGGGAGAGUGUUCUCACCAUCCUCCCCAUCCUCGAAAAUAUUAGGUUCUGCAAGAUCGCCACGCAAGUCCAGGAAGCCCUAGCGGUAGCACCCUUGAUUAGAUACCAUGAGAUGGCCAACCUGGACCAUCAACUGUAUGUCUGGUAUCAAAAUCUCCCGGCUAUUCUCAAGGACCAUGAGCCGUGCAUCGAAUCGAUCUCGAUGACAAGAACCAUCAUGCGGUGGAGAUAUCUGAACCAACGCAUGCUAGUCAACCGUCCCACGCUGUUGAGCUAUGCUCUACGCCGGGUCCCAUAUAUCGCUCUCCGAUCUGAAGAGCGUACAGCAAUCGAGAAGUGUCGCGCACUUGCCGAUGAAACAAUCCGAGAUAUCUCUGCGAAGAGCAGAUUGAGCCAGAUGUCAGGCUGGAACGGAGUUUGGAUGAUCUUCCAGGCAGUUUUGGUUCCCCUUCUCGGGCUGUUCCUCAAAGAUACCACGUCUGAUGACCCCAUUGCCAGCAUCGAGUCCUGUCAAGCCCAGGUUGAGAGCGCCAUGAUCACAAUAGCACGCUUACAGCCUUGGAGUCCUACAGCCACGCGCACUCUGGACGUUGUGACCCGGAUACUGGAAGCCAGCAAAAGAGGGCCUAGUGUUUCUGACGGGGUUCGCAACGCCACCAACCCGGGCCUUCACGAGGAGAAUAUGCCCUCGGCGUUCCAGGGUGCCGCCACCUCUCAAAGUCACCCUGAACGAAACAUUGUCAUCCAGAACGAGCUUAUGGAAGAUUCGAGCGGAGCGUUCAUGGACGAGCCCGGGAACCAGAACAUUUGGGACUAUCUUAGCUGGAGCGAUAACACCUUAUGGCCCGGAUUCCCGGAGUCGGACAACAUCGUCGACGCCAUCUCCUUCUUCAAUCCAGAGGAGAAGGAUGCCAAGUAUUCCCCAAGUGGAAAUGUAUUUUUCGACAAUUUGCAUGAGUCUACGUACUUC